GUUUGAAUAUGACAUAAAAAAUUUAAUGGUCGUGGAGACAAAGCAAUUCUGCAGAGAGUGCAAUAAUAUGUUAUACCCAAAAGAAGAUAAAUUAGAGAAAAUGCUGUACUUGGCAUGCAGAAAUUGUGAACACUUUGAAGAGGCAAUCACUCCCACUGUAUACACAGUAGAAUACAGAAAAAGUAAAGGGAAGGACGUAAUAACCAGUAGUAUCGGUAAAGAAAUAGCAGAAGAUCCUACAUUAAGAAGAGUAGAGAAAGAAUGUACUAGAUGCAGCUGUAAAGUACACGCAGUCUUUCAAAAAAAAGAUGAAAGAGGAGAUGAACCACUCUCAGUUAAUUACGCCUGCUGCCGGUGCUUUAAAAUAACCAAUAGCUUAGAUGGGGUUAAUGAAUAA